AUGACUACCAUUGCCCGUCCAUCCACACCGUUCCCUCACACUGCGAGUCUGAGUCACUCGGCAUCCGGUAGCAAUCACCACAAAAUGACACUGCCACCCACAUACCACUACACGACUCCUAUUCACUUUGCUCCCAAGGCUCUGCCUACACCUACACCUCCAUCCCUCCUCGCAAGGACAUCGUCUACUGGAAGUAAUUCCAGCGGUCAUUACAUUCACCUCAGACGAUCCUCUUCGGCUCGUCAAUCUCCUGCCGGUGAAGACCUCUCUCGAACACCUUCCCUCGUACCCGCUUCACCUCGCCGAGGCUCUGCGUCUUCCAGCUUACUCGUCCUCACUCCACCAUCUACCUCCACUUUACUCUUACCCGAGGUGGAGGAGGACGCCGACGCCGACGAUGAUGUCGACGACGUUGAAGAAAUGGAUGCCGAGGAGAGCCCUGAACUACCAAAAUCCAGGUCUGCCGGAUUCGCACUCCCUCCGCCGACGUACAAUUGGUCAGACAAACCGAUCGAACCAGACACCACGUUCGAUUUCGACAGCUCCUUUUCUUCCAGCCCCGCAUCCAGACUAGAAAACUGGAUCACUACAUCCAACUCGGUCACCCCUUCUAAUCCUUUCCGACGUCCAGCGCUCAAACGACGAGACACUCCUCGUCCAAGCAUUGAACAAGCGCCAAAAUCACUCAAACGCCCCGCUUUCAGACGUCGAAGCACGCCACCACCACCACCUAGCUCCCGAGCUUCUCAUCUGCGUUUAAGUCCACUCAAGGAAGUGGCGGAGAGCUCGCUUUCGACUGGACAAAAGCUUAGAUCGGUCAUCACUGGUUCUCAAUGGGUCGUCGUUGACAGGCAAUGA